GUGAGCACAUGUGUACAUCAGACUGAAUCGAAUAUUAUCUGAUUCAAAUCAUUGUUUUAAUUAUUUGACAUAGUGCCAAGUUAACAAAAACACAACCAUGGCGGAAUUUGUAGAGCAGAAUAUGGAAAAGAUGAGCUCCAUCUUUGAAGAAAUGAGAGCUAACUGUUUAUUCUCAAAGAUUGAAACAACCAAACUCAUGAAAGAUUGUAAGGAACAUGAGUAUCGUCUCCAAAAAAAUGAAAAAAAACUAGUUGAUUAUUUGAAUUACAUAACUUUUUUUAAAAGUGUAUUGAAGUUGGCAAUUAUACGCAGAAAGAAAAGCAAUGGACAGAAGCGUGGAGUUGAAUUUAAAGUAGCUAAGAAGAUUUGCUUGUUGUACGAUUUAGCUACUAAACGAUUCGCAGCUGAUACACAAUUAUGGCUUAAUUACUUGCAAUUUCUAAAAAAAUUCAAUAAUAAAAACGUUCCCUGGAUCCUAAAAAAAAUGCUUGAGAAGCACCCAAAUGUACCAGAGUGCUGGUAUUUAUCAGCUAAAUGUGAAUACGAAGACCAAAAAAAUCCAAAUGCAGCUAGACAAUUCCUGUUUCAAGGAAUUAAGCGACACCCUAAAUCAGCUGAGUUGUACAAGUUUCUUAUAAGAAUUGAACUAGAUGAGGAAAAUAGGAAUCCACACAAACUGAUGGCUAUAUACAAAGAAGCUCUUGAUAAAGUCUGUGAUGUUCAAUUUUGUAUUGAUUUACUAAACAUGUUAGAAGCUCAUGAGUCAGAAGAUUACGAAGAUUGUGAAGAAUUACAAAAAGUAAUAAGAAGAGACUUGAUAGAAAAAUUCCAGCAUGAGCCUGCUAUGUGGGAUUUAAUGGCUCGAAGACAAUUAAAAGGGUUACCGACAUUCAGCGAUGAUGAGUCUGAUGAGAAUGUAAAUAAGACUGAAAAAGAACGUAUUGAAGAUUGUUGCAAGGUUUAUCAAGAAGGUGUAAAGAAAGUACCCAAAAAAGAAAUGUGGUCCCUGUUUAUCAGUUGUUUAAUAGAAAUUAAUGAUACUGAUGGAUUACCAAAUUUCAAAAGCAAAUUACUAUCAAAUGCAUUAAAUGAAGCAGGUCUGCUAGAAGAGAAUACAGGUCUACUAGAUGAGAAAUACUAUUUGUUAUGGAUAAAAAAAAUAAUGAUUUCAAACAACAAUGAAGAUGAUAAGACUCGCCAAAAACUUAAGGUUAUUUUCAAAAAAGCCACAGAAAUAUAUCCAGAAAGUGAAAGUCUUUGGAAAGAAUAUCUUGAAUUUGCACAAACAAUUAAUGAUGAAGAAUUAGAAAACAUCUUCGAUAAGGCUUCGUCAUCGUUAAAAAAACAAGCAAUUUCACUGUGGGACUCAAGAUUCAAACAUAUCCAAUCUACACAUCCAUUACAAUUGCUCAAAUUCUUUGAAAAGGGACUUGCGAAUCCCAAUAUUAGUUCUUAUAUCCAGCCCACUUAUAUCAAAUGGCUUGCAGAAACUGAAGGUAUCGAGCACACUCGUACAAAGUUUCAAUCGCUGCUAUUGAACAGUGUUCCGUCCAUAGAAUUGUUUCAAGCGAUGAUCGAGGUCGAACUGUCACAACCUUCCGUAUCUGUGGAAAAUACUCGCAGUGUGUUUCAAAAGAUGACGGUUUGGUUUGGUAAAUACAGAACCGAUAUUUGGUUGAAAUACCUCCAAUUUGAAAUGAAGCAUGGUAAAGAGCCAAAGAGAAUAGCAAGUAUUUACAAUAGCGCUAAAAUUAAUCUGCGCCAGAAACUCGUCGACAAGUUCGAGGUUGCCUAUUCUUUAGCUAAGAUGGAUCCUACCUGGUUGAAUGGAAAAUGAAGCCGUUAUUUUUACAAAGUAAAAAUAAUAGGAUCGUGUUUUGUAAAUAUUUUAAGUAGAUUUAUUGAAAUGUUUUAAGGAAGAAGACGCAUA